AAGUACAUUAGAAACAUCAUGGUGUUAAGAACUCCAUUAAAGGCAGCUAGAGAUUUCCUGCAACACAAGUCCAGUGCACCCUGUAUACAUUCAGUCUUCAUCUAUGUAAUAUCCCUGGUAUAGAUAACCAGUGCUGGAGAUAGCAGAAGAGCAGAAAUGACAAAAAAUCUUCUAGUAAUUUAUGAAGAGAGUGGAAAAGAAUGGGCCGUAUAUCUGAAGAAAUUAAUUACAUCAAACGUACAAAUCGAUUAUGUAUAUCUCUAUGAUGUCAAUUGUCAAUCAAAUGAAGUAGUGGAAAACCUUACCGGCUCUACGUGGCAGUGUAAACUGCUUGUCUUAACAAGAGAUAUUCUGAAGAUCUUCUAUGAAAAUAAGAGCACCAAUUUCUUUGAACUUUUACAGCCCUCACAUAGAGUGGUCCUGAUGCUUUGUGGAGUGGAUUCUCCUGAGGGACUGUAUGAACUUUUUCCUUUUGAAAGAGAUUGUCAUGUCAUCCUGCCAGAUCAAGAUCCCCACGAUUACAUCUCCAUUGUAUCGACUGUUUUGAAUGGAGACAAUGAUGACAAGAAUCUAAGGCCAUCAGUGAAGGCGACUGAAACUUUUACCAAAAACAAUAUUGGUCAAGAAGACAUGAAAAGUAUUCAUCCAUCCUCAGUAUUGGUGUUCCCAAAGAGAGUAUCAUGUGAGAAUCCAGGAGAACUGUUUAUUAUUCUGUCAAACGACUUACCAAAGAACGCAGAAGUAGAAGUUGAAUUGCUUACAAAAAAUCAGCUUAUUAGGAAAAAGCCAAAACAGUGGAGCGAAAAAGUUUUCUGCCUUAAGGCCCCUGAUUUCCCUCCCAGUGAAGUGACAGUAAAUGUUUGCUGUGAAGAAGUCAUUAUAGCAUCUGUGCAGAUUGAAUAUUUCUCAACAGUUGAAGACCUUAAGCAUCUGCUUCUAAAAACCAUUGAUCCAGUACCGUUCAUCUGUCAGGCCUUCAAUGUGCAUACCUUGGUGGAACUUGAUAAGGUGCUGAUGAAAUCAUUAAAAAACAGGAUUUCGUCUUGUGAAUACAAUGCUCUUGAGCUGACACAGCACAGAAAAGGUGGCAGUUCAGAAGAAAUACCUACUUUACUGCACUGUGCAGCCAAGCUUGGACUCAAGGAGGUGGCACUUUUACUAGUGCAAAGCCCAGCAGCAGAUCACUUUUGCAAUGUCAUCAACAAAUACGGUGAUGAUCCAGCUCAAAUGGCUGAAAAGUAUGGGCAUCAAGAUAUCCAGGAUAUCAUCCUUCAACUAUCAGAAAAACAGAAAGCUAAUCAGACUGACAUUCCCGAGGAAACAGUGGGUUUUGAACAAGAAGAUGUUUAUGUGGAUAUGGUUGAGUGUGCUGAAACAGCUCAACAGCAAUCUUCAACCGACUUAUGUAGCAAUGAGACAGACAUGGAUCCAGUUACUGAAGCUAAACAGUAUUUACAGAAAUAUGUUGUAGUAGACAACAAAAAUGAAUAUGUUGAGGAGGAGAUCAACGGUUCAGACAAAAUGUUAAACUUGACUGAUUAUCAUUGUCUUUUGAUCCCUGAUGCGAAUUCCUCAAGACCCUUUGAAAAUGAAAAUCCUUCUGUUCUAGAUGAGACGGGCAAUACAAAUAAAGAGGAAGAAUGGUUUCAACAUAGCCCUGAAGACAAGAGCGACUGGCAGAAUAUCAAAUGUGAUCAUAAUAUGAUAUACCCUCAUGAAAAUAUGUAUGUUCCUAUGCCUGUUCAUUCCAUUGCUAAAGAUUUGCCAAGCAACGAUUACCAUGAAUGUUUGACUGCCAGUCUUCUUCCAAAACAUAAUCUAUCAGUGCAGCACGACUGCUUCCAAGAGGAAGAUAUCAACAAAGAAAAUAUGUCACAAGGAGCAUGUGAUGAAUGCCCAGAAGAGCACGUAUUGAAUGAACAUGAUGAAGAACCAGUUCUAAUUGCUUCCACUUUGGACGAUGUGUACAUCAUAUUUGAGAACAGCAUUAAAGAUACACAAAGAGGACAAAAACCUUUAAUUUCACACAACAUGUCUACUCCGGUGGCCUCCUCAACUCCUACAAUAGCAAGUGGUACAUCCUAUAUCUCUCAAGAAAAAAGAGUGGAUGACAACCAAAAUGUGUCACAUGGUGAAUUGGAUGAAUAUUCAGAUAAAGGGAGUGAUCAUGAAAAUGAAGAAGAUCCAUUGCUAGUUGCUUCCACCGGAGAUGAUUUGUAUCUUGUAUUUGAAAACAGUGUAAAAAAAAAACCAAGAGGACCAACCUCAUUUAUUUUACAUAGCCUGGAACCUCCAGAGGCUGCAGCUAAUUCCAUAACAGAAGGUGGUGCAUCAUACAUUGCUCAAGAUCAGGGACAUGAUGAAAGAUUCGAUACCCAGUUAUUGUGGGAGGAGUAUGAGGACAAUGAAGACCCAUAUAGUUUAAUUUAUAAUGAAGAUGAUGAACUGUACAUUGAGUUACCAUAUGAAACUGAAGAGAGCACCAGAGAAAGAAAGUCUUUCAUUGUUCAUAGAGCUCCAGCGCCUGCUCCACGCCCAGAAAAUACAGCCCCACAGAUGGAAGACUCCUAUAUAUCAAGAGUAUUUCGACAGAAAGAAGAGGAAAAGAAAAUAUACAGUGCUGGUCUUUACCAAGACAGAAUGCACUUGGCUAAACAAGAACCCCAAGUUCCAGCUCAGCAGUAUGCACUCUCUGGGCAGGAUGAGCUCAUAUUGCUCCAGGAAAAGGUGAAAAUGGGGAUUAUUACUAUGGAUGAAGCUCUCCAAAAAUUCCAACAGUGGAAGAAUGAAAAGAGUGCACUAGAUCUUCUUCAGCAGAAAAAGCUGCAGGAGUUAAGAGACAAUAUCAUUGGAGACAAAACAGAUGAUGACAAAGUUUAUGAUAAGAUUACUAUUGUUCAUCAGCCAAAUGCUUUCCCUGGCAAAAAGAGGACAACUUAUGGAAUGUUUGAUAACAGCAUUUACCAAAAAACUAAUAAAUCAGCAGUUUUGGCUGAUAAAAGAGAUGACAUUGUGAAGAAUCCAAAGAAAAAGUUCCAGUGAUAGAAACAGAAAUAUUUUUCAAGAACUCAUACUGACAUUCAAGAAGGUUUCUCAUUUCAAGAAAAUAAAGCUUAAUUCUUUUAUAAUAUAAGUUCUUUUACUUUCUAUUAUACUUUUCUUUUUAUUUGUGAUCAUGUUCAAAAUAUAAAGUUUGUUUAAUUAUAUAAUGGUUUAUAAGUUUAUAUUUACAUACAAAGUGGAAACCUCUUAUAUCUUGAUUCUCUUGGCAGUAAAACAUUAAAAGGCAACUGUGAAAAAAAUUGCAAAUAAGAAUGCAUUGCCUUUCAUGUCCUCCAGAUUUACACUGUAACAUUGUGUACAUUUUUUUUCUUAUGAAAGAAAUCUUUUGUACUUGAAUUCCAUAGUCUCUUUGUGAAGAUUUUUCUUUUGCGUGAAAUGCAUUUGCAUUAAGUAGUCUUUCUGGGUCUCUAGUAUCUUGCAUCUUAUUGUAUUAUUAUUAUUAUUAUAUUUAGUUUUUAUUUACCUUGUGAUAGAGAGGGCCACAUGUACCUAAAGAGAGACAGAUCACCCACUUAUUCUCAAAACUAGCAAGGGUGCAGUAUAUAAGAGGCUGAAGAUGGUACAUCACUAUGUAAACCUACCACAAUACUUGUUUAAGAGUCAAAGUAAAAUUUAAGUAAAGCCUGUUAAAUGAUGUUA